UUUUACGCAUGCGCACUGAAGAACCCGGAACUGGACUCCACAACAGCAGCGGAGCAGCUCUGACGGUUUUCUUCAGGGAAACUUUGGUGAUUAAAAAAAAAGAUGCAGCUUCACUUCACUAAAGAUGUUUUACCGGACUCUGUCAGCACCGACUUUCAGAAUCUGAACAAAUUCAACGAGCAGCAAUUUCUUCGUCUGAUUGAAAUUCUGUUCCAGUUCCUGCUGGAGCCUAAAGAGACGGAGAGGUUCAUGCAGCAGCUCAAUGAGUUUGCAGGGGAAAAUGGAAUGAGUGCCGGUCCUCUGAGGAACCUGAUGAAGAGCGUCCUCCUGGUGCCGCAGGGAGCCCUGAAGAAAAAUCUGACAGCCGAGCAGAUCAAAGAGGACCUGGAGACAUUAGGACUAAACGAGGACAAGUCGGCUCACUUUUCACAGCAGUGGGGGGAGCACUACGCGGUGCUGUCCAGACUCGCUGUCAGACAGACUCUGAUGGUCAACCAGCUAGUCGACAUGGAGUGGAAGUUUGGAGUGACUGUUGGCACCAGUGAAAUUCAAAAAGUGGGCAACAUCUUUCUACAGUUGAAACUGGUUGUCAGAAAGGGGAAUUCCACUGAAAACAUCUACAUGGAGUUGACGCUCCCUCAAUUUUACAACUUCCUACAUGAGAUGGAGCGAGCCAAGGCCAGCAUGGAGUGUUUCAGCUGAGUGUGAAUGUGUGUGUGUGUGGAUCUGUUAUAGGCUACUUUUGGGGACAAAUUUCAGACUUAAGACCAGUUAACUGAGGACAGCUUGUCCAAUUGGGUACAAAAGCCGCGCUGCCCGUAGGGAAAAUGCUGGGUUUUUUUUUUUUUUUGGUCAGUGGUUAUGGUUAGCGUUAGGCUCAGUCUCCAGGAAAUUAAUGUAAGUCUGUGUAAUGUCCCCAAAAGUGACCUUGGACAGUGUGUGUGUAUGUGUGGGUGUUCAUAUCAGGCUGUAGCUGCAGGGCAGUGUAUGGUAUGUAUUACGUCAUUUUGUAUGUGUGUGUGUGUGUGUGUGUGUGUGUGUGUGUGUUUGUGGCAUUGAAGGUCUCCCCAAUGACGGAAACUAAACACAAAAACAAAUUUUUAUUAUUUACUGCUGGACAUUUAUACUCAAAUCUGCCAAUAAACAUGAAUUUCAAAGAAAA